AUGGUCAUCCAACUGCCUAACGCGGCUGUACUCAGCAGCCUUAGCCCAAACGCGCGACGGUCUUCACUUGUCGCCCUGUUCACCUUCCUACUCAUCCGUAGCAGGCUCGUAGACAUACCUAAGGCAGCGGUUUCUAAGCUCAAGACCGCCGCCUCUCGCCAGGACGUAUCCCAGGAGGAGCUUGCACAGGCCCUGCAGCAGGUCUACAUCGACGAGCCUGAUGGCAGCAAGACUAUUCUUGUUCCUCACAAGGGAUACAUCUCUAAGGUCACGAUUUCCCCCACCCCACCAUCCGUGAUCGCGGAGAACGGCAAACGAUUUUCUCUCAUCCCCGCAUCCCACAAGCCGAAUGUCGAUAAGACCUUCCUUCGGCAAUUGUUCGCUAUCCUUAAGAUAGCGUUCCCCUCAUGGCACUCCAAGGAGGCCUUGCUUCUUGUCAUGCACUCUUCUUUUCUCGUCCUGCGUACCGUCCUCAGUAUCGCCGUCGCGCGGUUAGACGGGCGCAUCGUGCGCGACCUAGUCAGUGCCGAUGGGAAGGGUUUCGCGAAGGGGAUCGGACUCUGGUUCCUGCUUGCAAUCCCGAGUACAUACACGAACUCGAUGAUCCGGCACCUCCAAGCGAAGCUGUCAUUGCGAAUGAGAACGCGACUAACGCGGUACACCCAUGACCUCUAUCUCUCGUCCGCACCCGAUUUGCGGUACUACAGAGUUGCGAUAGAAGGCGGUCUUGCGGACGUCGAUCAGUACAUAACUUCCGACAUUGCGUCGUUUUGUAAUGCGCUCGCAGGAAUUUAUGGAAAUGUGCUGAAGCCGUCAUUGGACCUCGUGCUCUUCACGUCUCAGCUUGCCCGGUCAUUAGGAUUCCGCGGCACGGUGAUGUUGUUCGUGAACUACUACGUUACUGCGAAGAUCUUGCGCUCUGUCACGCCCGCCUUUGGUCGCUUAGCUGCCGUCGAGGCACGACUUGAGGGCGAGUACAGAGCAGGUAUGGGCCGAAUAGGGCGGGAGAGCGAGGAGAUCGCUUUCUACGGCGGUGGAUUGCGAGAGCGGAGUAUCCUGGGCAGAGCGUAUAUGCGUUUGAUCAAGCAUGUCAACUCAAUAUACAAGAUCAGGGUAGCAUAUGAGUGGACAGAGGAUUUCCUGAUCAAGUACGCCUGGAGUGCCGCAGGCUACUGCCUCAUCUCUAUCCCCGUCUUCGUCACCCGAGUCCGGAACGUUGGCGUGCAGACACAGGGUCCUCGCCCGCAUGAGAAAUCUGAUAACGAAGUCGCAAAUCGGACAGAGACAUACAUCUCCUCCCGCCGCUUGCUUCUCUCCCUGGCCGACGCAGGCGGUCGGCUCAUGUACGUCCAAAAGGACCUACUGGAGCUCGCCGGUCUUACCACUCGCCUGUACACUCUCCUCUCCACCCUUCACAACCUUCCCCAUCCCCCACUUCCCGACGACCCCUCACAGGCGAAUAUCGUCCUCCGAAACGUCGACGUCGGCAUCCCCACCGCCGCCCCGCAGUUGAUUGCCGCCUCCGAGUCUGAGUCGACGGAAGACAUCUCGCUCACCGAGAGCAAGGCGCACGCGACGACGGUCCUCGUGAAGGGCCUGUCGUUCGAGCUACAGCCUGGAGAACACCUGAUGAUCACGGGCAGUAACGGGGUGGGUAAGACCGCCGUAGCGCGCGUGCUCGCGGGCUUGUGGGCCGCACAGGGCGGUGGGGACGUGAAGAGGCCGGUAGGAAAGAAAGGGGUGUUCAUCGUGCCGCAAAGGGCGUAUAUGGUAACAGGGUCGUUGCUUGAUCAGGUUAUCUAUCCGGACUCAUAUCCCGACUUCGUGGCGUCUGGACGAACGCACGAGGAGCUGAUGGAGAUUCUGACCGCCGUCAACCUGGCCUAUCUUCCGUCCAGAGAAGGCGGCUGGUCGACCCGUAAGGAGUGGAGGGACGUGCUGAGCGGCGGCGAAAAGCAGCGAAUGGGCAUGGCCCGGGUGUUCUACCACCGGCCAAAGUUCGCUAUUCUCGAUGAGUGCACCAGCGCUGUAUCCAGCGACGUCGAAGGCCGCAUGUACGAACACGCGAAGUCAUUGGGCAUCACCCUCAUCACCAUCUCGCUGCGUCCUACGCUCAUGCGUUACCACACGCAGCUGCUCACCGUCGCCGGAGACGGCACGGGCAGGUGGGCGCUCAAGCGGAUCGGGACGGCCGAAGAGCGCAUGGACCUGGAUCGCGAGAUCGUCUCCCUCGAGGACAAGCUCGCCGAAGUCGAGAAGUGGGAGAAGCGCGUCAAGGAGCUCGAGCGGUUGCUGAGCGUUCAGGAGAUCUAG